AUGCCCACGAGACUGACUUCCAUAUCGCCUAAGAAAGGCAUCUGCUGCCGCUGGAAGGCACAAUGGUUGGCGUGGAGGACGUUCGUGGACAUUGAACCGCGGGUAACAUGGCCAACCUCACCGCCACACAGCCGACGGAAUUUGCUUCUCACAAUGGCUUCAGAGCGGAGCAUCAUAGCACCAUUAGCAUUGUCCCAUAUGUCCGUCGACUUGUGGCUGCCGGACUCGACUCCCCAGCGGUUCUUCACGACUUCGUGGCGAUUGGUGGCAAGAGGGAGUAUGGUACAGGCUGUUAGAGUCAAGCUGCCGCCACAAACACCGCCCUGCAUAUGCAGUUAUUUCCAUGGAAAGAAGGAUCCUGUGUGA